CCCAGGCUAACUGUUGUGUCUCUGUCUACAGGUGUGAAGAGGGUGGAAGUCCAGAGCAGCAAUCAUGGUUGCCCUGUCAUUGAAAAUCGGAGUGGGGAACGUGGUGAAAACGAUGCAGUUUGAACCCUCCACCAUGGUCUACGACGCCUGCCGCAUCAUCAGGGAGAGAGUUCCUGAGGCGCAGCUCGGCCAGCCCAACGACUACGGGCUGUUCCUGUCUGACGAAGACCCAAAGAAAGGCAUCUGGUUGGAGGCGGGGAAAGCCCUGGACUACUACAUGCUGAGGAACGGG